CUUCUUCUUUCUUUCUAUUUCUCUUUAAAAUGGAACCUGAAAUCGCUCCUCAUCCUGCUUCUACCCAGGUGAUUGAUUUUGCUGAUUGGGCAGCCAAUGCUACUGAAUCUACGUAUAUAUCCUUAGCACGACCACAGGAAGAAGACGGCGAAUCAACUGAACCUGUAGAGAUCACAACAUUCAAUCCAGACUUUACUUAUCCAAUCUUUGGCGAUCACGAAACGAUCUUUGGUUAUAAAAACUUGUCGAUUGAACUCAAGUACUCCUCUGGAUCGUUGCAGCCUUUUCUGAAUAUUCAAUAUUCUUCCAAAUAUUCAGGAUCGUAUUCAAUAGAUGAUGUUUGGAAAACUCUUCAAGAACAUUUCCCACAAGGCUACAUGACAAAGCAAGAUGAUUUUAUUGAAACUGUCAAGAGAGAUCAUACAGCAUUUAGACCCAUUGGAGAAAAAAUUCAUGAGUAUACUCGAGACGGUGAAAAAGGCGAAGAACAGUUUGAAAUUUACAAGUGUUCAUUUGCCAAUCAAAAGUUCAGGGAAUAUCAUGCUCGUAUGCAGUUAUUCGUCUUGCUCUUUAUUGAAGGUGGAAGUUACAUAGAAGAUGACGAUGAGAAAUGGGAGAUUUAUACAAUCUUCAAGAAGGAGGGCGCACAUAGCUUGGCAUCUUAUCAUUUUGUUGGCUAUUGUACAGCAUAUCCUUUUUACUUUUGGCCAGAAAAUACAAGAAUGAGAAUAAGUCAAUUUUUAGUUCUUCCUCCUUAUAAGAAGAGGGGUCAUGGAAGUGAACUAUAUCGUAUCCUCUAUCAACUAUUUAAAUCACGCCAAGAAGUGUCAGAAAUUACAGUGGAGGAUCCAAGUGAAGAAUUUGCAGACAUGAGAGACAAAAAUGACAUUCAUUAUCUUUUGGAACAUGAAGGUUUUAAAGGACUCAAGGCUCCUAUUUCUCGAGAGACAUUUGAUCGAUUACAUCAAGAAUAUAAAUUUACAGACAGACAAUUGCAUCGAUGUAUCGAAAUAUAUCUAUUAUCCAAUGUAGACAAAUCAAACGAACAAGAUUACAGGACUUAUAGACUUCAAGUGAAAGACAGACUUUACAGAUUUAAUUAUGAUAUAUUACAAGAGCUUGAGCAAGAUGAAAGGAAAGCAAAAUUGGACGAAACAUAUUUAAACUUGGAAGACGAAUACCAUAGAGUUCUAGAGCUUAUAUAAUUAAUAAAUUGAUAAAGAG